CCAGGAAACCAGAGGCAGCCCCACCUGAAAUGUGGGAAAGGAAAGCAGCUUCCCUAAAUAGGGGGAGUUGUAUGUGUUAGGAGGGGGAGCUGGGAGUGAAUCCGGCAGCUAAAGAGACUCAGUAAUUGCCCAGAUCCUUCAAAUCGGAGCUGUCACCGGGAGAGCCGCUCGUUAGAGGGAACGGAGCCGCUUGACCUCCCCGGUGGGUUGUGGAUGAAAGGAUCGGAGGAAGAGGAGAGAUCCGGGAGGAGUACAGAGCACACCGACACACAUCCACCCGGAGAUCGGAGGAGACAAUGAUAGAAGGGAGGAGACAAUGAGAGGACGGAGGCGACAAUAAGAGGACGGAGGGGACAAUAAGAGGACGGAGGGGACAGUCCCACUGACAGCCGGAUACUUUGUAUUGCCUAAUACAGCGUGCAGCCACCGCCACCAGCCCGAGCACUUCUGUGCCGGAGGAGAUCCGACUUUCCUGGAAUUCCUCUGACCAUCCUACAAGACUGACAGCACAUUCCAAGUCACCCAUCUGCUCUGAUCCCCAUUGAAUGGUUGGAAGAUCCCCUCCUGGGCACCUCUGGCAUGGGAAGGAAUGACCCCCCUUCUCAUCACUGGCUAUGGUUUGGCUCAUGAGCCUAUCUUGGCAUACUGGAUUUGGCCAAGGAUGCCUUUGCCCACCAGGUCAGGGUUCCCCAGCUCAAAGGUGAUUCUCUAGUGGACAGAUGAGAACAAAAGGAUGACUAGCUGGGCCAGCCGCUUUCUCAACUGUCUUAUCUUGUUUCUCCUGGUCAUGUCUUCAAAAGCCUCAUCUGCCCAUUUCCGCGUCUGUGAGCCUUAUACAGACAGUAAGGGGCGAUAUCACUUCGGGUUCCACUGCCCGCGCCUUUCAGACAACAAGUCGUACGUCCUGUGCUGCCACCAUAACAACACCGUCUUCAAAUACUGCUGCAAUGAGACGGAGUUCCACAGCGUCAUGCACUUGAACCUCACCCUGGGCGCAGAUGGAUAUAUGCACAACAACUACAGUGCCCUGGUUGGCGUCUGGGUGUAUGGAUUUUUCGUGGUGGUCCUGCUGGUCCUGGAUAUGUUGUAUUAUUCUGCAAUGAACUAUGACAUUUGCAAGCUAUACCUGGCAAGGUGGGGGAUCCAAACCAAAUGGAUGAGGCAAGGACAGAGACGGUGGGACAAGACAACACAGGAGCCUUGCCAAGCACAGACUCAGAUGCCACAUGCUGUACACACAUUACAAGGAGACACUGUUAGCCCAACAAUGAUGUCCUUUCAGACUUCUACAGCCUGAAUAACUUCAGUGCCUAAAGACAGGAGAAGAUUAUCACCCAGGUGAAGAGUGUGUGAUGAGAAUGCCAACUAUGGCACAAGAAGGACUAAAAGUGGAAUGACAUUUCUGGAAUCGCGCUAAAGGCGUUUCAGCGAGACAGACUUUUAAGGUCGUUUGCGCGUACUUUCUUAGCUUUGUUUGUAAGCAAUAUUUUUAUUUCUAGUGGGAUUAUUUUUAAAUUGGAUUGUCGACAAGGAAUACAGGUGGUCUCAAAGCGGACAAGAAAGAAGAAAACUGGACCAUUCAAUAAAAGCAAUGGCGGGCGUAGACUCCCUGCCUUCUGUGUCGA